AACACGAGAUGCUGAAAAAUAAACACAAGACAAACAAAAAAUUCAACACCAGAGCUCACGACACAGACUCCUCAUCAUCAUCAAUGGCGAAUUUUCUCAUCAACAGAAGAACAAGAAGAGCAGUGAAAUCAAAGACAGAUGAAGGGAAGAGAUCAGACUCCAAAUCCAAUACGAGUUCAUCUGACAAUAACUUCUCAUGCAAGAAGCACACGAAACAUCGACAGUCUCCAGGAAUCUGUUCUCUCUGUCUCACCGAGAGGCUCUCUAAGCUGUCUCUGGAGUAUUACUACUACACUAAAAAACCAGCUGAAACGUCGACAUAUUGCGGCUCAUCAGCAUCUUCGUCUUCGUCGGUCACCUCUUGCUACUCGUCUUCAUCGGUCUCUUCUUGUUCGUCUCCUUUGCAAUAUCGGUAUAGAGAGAAGAAGAAGGAUGGGAAGAAACAGAGCUUUUUGUUCAGAUUAUUGCUCGGAUCCAUUGUAGAUUAGUUCUUAAUUUUAUUUCCAUAUAUUAUAGUUUUAUAUUCAUCUUACUACUUUCUAUAAAAUUCAUUAUUCUUCUAUACUUUUUUUUUGGUUACUCGGCCAAUGCAGAAGAUCAACCAAAAAUGCAAGAAGUUUUUUAUACGCACAAAUUUGUAUUUUAAAAUUGUUCGUGACCAAAUAAAAGAAGUUAAUAAAAUGAUUUUUUCAUACA